UUAGCCCUCUGUACUAACCUCACCAGAGGUUAGACAGUUCUUAUUCAAAGAGUGUUGAAAAAAGUGUUUUGAGAUAUAGGUGGGGCCUUUCUUAGAGCACACCAGGCUCAACGCAUUACCAUAUUCGCAAAGGUGCUUGUAAACAGAGAGUAACAGGUCGAUGAGAGGAGAGACAUGAGGACAAACUGCUGUCUUUCAUCAACCACGCUGUCUUCAGGACCAAAGCGGAGGCAGUAGGCCAGCAGCUUUAUGUUCUUCUCAGUGAAAACCCAAAGACUUGGUUUGCUUUAGGCCUGCUUGUUUUACUCAUUUGGAGGGACUCCUUUUUGUCACUCUGUUUUGGAAUACACUGAUUUCUCAGGAGAAGGGGUUUGUGUAAAGCUUUCCCCCUGGAUUACUUGUGGAGAUUAGUGAUGGGGAAUGCGGCUGCGGGGGGCUUGGAGCAGCAAACGACUGAGGGCCAGAGAGAGGCCAGGAACUCAGUCGGGGCAGCUUCAGGAAUGAGUGACCCCACACCAACCUUGCAGAAGAAGCAGCCGGCUCCCCCCAAACUGCCCAUGCCCCCAGAGGAGGAGCUGGAGAAGCGUUUCAACGUGGUGCUGAGCUACAUGAACUUGCCUCCAGAUAAACUGAAGCUAUUGAGUCAAUAUGACAAUGAAAAGAAGUGGGAAUUAGUCUGUGAUCAGGAGCGUUUCCAGGUGAAGAGUCCCCCAUCCACUUACCUGGCCAAGAUCAAGAGCUUUUACCAGGAUCAAGGAGGAGUGUCUCGCAGGCUGAAGAAGAGGAUCCAAGAUGCAACUCAGGUGCUCAAAGAUCUGGAGAUAUCACUUCGCACAAAUCACAUUGGAUGGGCCCAAGAGUUUCUCAAUGAGCAAAACAAUGGUUUGGAUGUUCUGGUGGAAUACCUGUCCCAUGCGCAAAGUGAUGCCUCGUUUGAUGUGGAGAGCGUUGAAAAUGGUGGCACCCUGUCAGACAGAGGAAAGCCAGCAGAGAGGUCGAUGGAGGAUUUGACCAAGAGCCCCAGCAGCUCUCACACACAUGGGAUGACCAGAGCUGCCCGUGCACUGACUGUCAGAAUAAGCUCCACUCUGGGGAACAAGAUGCACAAAAAGUCCCAUUCAUCCAACCAGAGAGAUGAUGUACACGUGUGCAUAAUGUGCUUGCGAGCCAUCAUGAACUACCAGCUCUCCGGGGGGGCCCAGCUGUUUAUAUUUUCCUUCUUCUUUCAGUCUGGUUUUAACCAGGUGAUGACUCACCCGCGCUGUGUGAACGAGAUCACCCUCAGUCUCAACAGCAGGAAUCCCAGGACCAAAGCCCUCGUGCUGGAGUUGCUGGCUGCCGUGUGUCUCGUCAGGGGAGGGCAUGAUAUCAUUCUCUCUGCUUUUGACAACUUCAAGGAGGUGAGCAAAGAAAGGAACCGCUUUGAGAAGCUGAUGGAGUACUUCAUCAAUGAUGAUAGCAACAUUGACUUCAUGGUGGCUUGCAUGCAGUUCAUAAACAUUGUGGUCCAUUCAGUGGAGAACAUGAACUUCCGUGUCCACCUGCAGUACGAGUUCACUCACCUUGGAUUAGACAAGUAUCUAGAGGGUCUGAAGCAAACAGAGAGCGAGAAGCUGCAGGUCCAGAUCCAGGCCUACCUGGACAACGUGUUAGACGUGGGAGCCCUGCUGGAGGACGCUGAGAACAGAGGAGGGGUGCUGGAGCAUGUGGACGAACUGCAGGAACACAACGUACAGCUGAGUGUCCGGCUUCAGGAAAUUGAGAAUCAGACGACAGGGCGGAUAUCAGAACUCGAGACUCACCUCAUGCAGGCGACCAAGGAGACCGAGCUGCUCAAAGAAAGCCUACGAGAGUCCUGUUCCCAGGUCAGUUCUUUGCAGCAGAGAGAAAGAGAGCGUGAGCUCGACAGGGAGAGGGAGAAGGACAGGGAGCGCCUCAGCACUUCAGCCGUGCAGACCCCCUCAGAGCUGGAGGAGAAGAUCCAGGAGCUGCAGGACAAGGGGCUGAUCCGACUGGGGCGAAGCGCCUCAGGAGGUCUGGACAUCCAGGUUGUGCCUGUCAAAGUGGUCGAGUACGUUCAAGCCCCGACCCCGCCCCUGGCCCCGGCCCCGGCCUCGGUCACUCAGCCCAGCAAAGCCUCCCCAGAGUCCAGCCCCCCUGGUUCUGUCCCUCCACCUCCCCCUCCUCCCCCUCCCCCUCCUUGUGGUCAAGGGCAAAUUGCCCCUCCUGCUCCGCCGCCUCCCGUGCAGGUCCCUGGUUGUAUGCCCCCAACUCCCCCUCCACCCCCCCCCCCCCCUCCAGCUCCCGGAGGAGGCCCACCACCUCCUCCUCCCCUACCUGGUGUUGGACCCCCACCUCCACCUCCCCCACCUGGUGUUGGACCCCCACCCCCUCCCGGAGCUCCAAAUACUCAAUCUGGGCUCAAGAGCAAGAAGACAAUUCAGACCAAGUUCAGGAUGCCGUUGUUAAACUGGCAGGCCUUAAAACCAAACCAGGUGACAGGCACCGUCUUCAACGAGUUAGAUGACGAGCAGGUCUUAGGGGAGCUGAACAUGGAGUUGUUUGAGGAACAGUUCAAGACUAGGGCCCAGGGUAAUCCAACAGACCUGUCUAAUAUGAAGAAGAAGGUGGUCCAGAAGGCCCCCAGCAAGAUGUCCUUGAUUGACCCCAACAAAGCCAAGAAUCUGGCCAUCACUCUACGCAAGGGAGGAAUGAACCCAGCUGGGAUCUGCACCGCCAUAGAGACGUACGACCAGUCUUUGGCCAUAGACUUCCUGGAACUGCUUGAGCACUUCAUACCAUCAGACUUUGAGAUGAAGCUGCUGCUAAACUAUGAGAAGGAAGGCCGCCCGCUAGAGGACCUGACCAACGAGGACCAAUUUAUCUUGCGCUUCGGGAAGAUUCCUCGUCUGAACCAGAGAAUAAACACUCUCACUUUCAUGGGCAACUUCCCGGACACGGUCAAACGGCUGCAGCCGCAACUGAACUCCAUCAUUGCUGCGUCCAUGUCCAUCAAGUCUUCAACGAAACUGAAGAAGAUUUUAGAAAUUGUUCUCGCCUUCGGUAACUACAUGAACAGCAGUAAGAGAGGUGCAGCGUACGGUUUUCGGCUGCAGAGUCUGGACCUUUUGUUGGAGACCAAGUCCACUGACCGCUCACAGACGCUACUUCAAUUCAUCACCGGUAUCAUCCAAGAAAAAUACUCCGACUUGGCCAACUUCCACACUGACCUACACUUUGUGGACAAGGCAGCGCUUGUCUCCCUGGAUAGCAUUCUUCAGGAUAUCCGCUCAUUAGAACGUGGAAUGGAGAUGACCAAAAAAGAGUUCCUUGUUCAGGACGACUGCCCGGUGUUGAAGGAAUUCAUCAAAACUAACAGUGAGCAGCUGGAAGCUCUGAUCAAAGACAGCAAGACAGCACAGGAGGCUUACGGCUCUGUAGUGGAGUAUUUCGGCGAGAACCCCAAAACCACACAGCCUUCCAUGUUUUUCCCGUUGUUCGGACGUUUCAUAAAGGCCUACAAGGUAGCACAGCAACAGAUUCAGCAGAAAAAGAAAAUGGAGAGUGAGAGUGAGGAAAAAGAGUCGUCAUCUCCCAGCAAAGCUGGGGCACAAAAGGGGCCUAUGAUGCCCAAGAUGCCCCAGAUGGACCUGAUAGCAGAGCUGAAGAAGAGGCAGGUGAAACCGCAGGUGCGCGAAGGGAAGGACGGCGCUCUGGAGGACAUCAUCACAGAUUUGAGAAACACACCAUACAGGAGGACAGAUGGUCGACGGCCAGCGCAACGCCAGGACACUUGAGCCACUGUUUUUUUUUUAAACAAAUGUAACCGGAAUCACAGUCAAGGAUACAGACAAAAGAACAAUCUUUUUAGUGUUCUGUAUAUACAGUAUAUCAAAAUAUAUAAUUAACCAUAUGGCAUUGUGUAUUUUUUGCCAACAUUUUGGUGUGAAUUUGUUCUGUAAAUAGACUUAAGUUGGAACUAUUUGAUGCUUUUAAUGCAACAGUCCAUGAAUUUGAUUCCAAAUCUGGCUAAAAAAUAAAAAACAAUUUAAUUAUUUCUGUGGUGCCUCGAGUGCAUCUAUUAAAUUAAUGAUCCUGACUUUAUUUUAAAAUAAACCAAUUUUCUAACUGCU